CUCUUUGACAACUACGGAUUAUGGUGUAGACAUGGCCAAGUCCAAGAACCACACCACACACAACCAGUCCCAAAAGUGGCACAGAUACAGCAUCAAGAAACCCCAGUCACAAAGAUAUGAAUCUAUUAAGGGGGUGGACCCCAAGUUCCUGAGGAACAUGUGCUUUGCCAGGAAGUACAACAAGAAGGGCCUGAAGAAGAUGCAAGCCAACAACCCCAAGGCUAUGAGUGCACAUGCUGAAGCUAUUCAGUCCCUCGUAAAGCCCAAGGAAGUUAAGCCCAAGGUCUCAAAGGGCAUAAGCUGCAAGCUCAGUAAACUCACCUACAUCGACCACUCGAAGCUUGGAAAGUAUGCUCGUGCACACAUUGCCAAGGGUCUCAGGCUCUGCCAGCCAAAGGCCAAGGAUCAAACCAAGGCCCAGUCCACAGCUUCAGCUGCAACUCCAGCUUCAGUUCCAGCUCCAGCUCAGGCUCCCAGAGGUGCCCAGGCCCCCAUGAGGGCUCCAGAGUAG